AGACAGUCCGAUAUGUAUGACAGUAUAGAAAUUUCUGACCUAACCACUGCCGAUGUGACGCCUAACGUCUCGGAUGGCUCUGGUGUGAUAGUUGCGUCUGCUGUCAAACCCGUCCUUCGGAAACCAAUUGAUUCCACUAUCGCAUCCAGCGAUAAACAGAUAGAUGGUUCUGCUGUACAGCCCAGCGCUGAGUUGAGCAGCAUCGUCAGUGCUGGCAGGCAACCUCAUACUGACGCGAAAAAGGUCUAUGAUGAUAUCGAUGUCGAUCAAGAAGUCAGCGGUAGAAGGGAACGCGGCAAAGGAGGCCAAAGCGAUGGAGGCAACGGUGAAGGGAACGGUGCCGGAGGAGGCAACGGUGAAGUAGGCAAAGCCGAAAGAGGCUACGGCAGAGUAAUCAGCGGCGAAGAAGACAACGUUGAAGGAGGCAACAGCAAAAAAUGCAACCUUGGUGUUGGCAAAGCCGAAACAGGCAACUAUGAUAGUGGUUGCGGCGAAAGAAACAAAGCCGAAGAAGACCGCAGCGAAGGAAACGCCGACUGCGACGGUUACGUCGACAGCGAAAAAGGCGUCGAAUUAUUGGGAAAUAGUUGCGAUCCCAGGGCGAAGAGGAAGCGCGCGCUGCAAGGGCAUAGUAUCAGACGACCUGGCCCAACGCAGAACCACUUAAACUUGGACCCAAUGGUCGAAGUUUUUCCUGCAGCGGAAACCGGGAAGCUGCGGGGUUUUUUCUCGCCGGAGGAGAAAGAUUCUGUUUUGGCGAGUGUCCUUGAAACUAAACCCACCUGCUGUGGGUCCAUGAGUGCAUUUGUUACGCUGGUGGCGGAAGAUGACCACGAAUUUAUAAUUUUCAAAGAGGCUGCCAGAGUCUCUAGAGUCAUUGAACGGAUUCUCGACGAGUCCGUCAAGUUCGCCGAGGACGAAGUUCAAGAAAUUCGGUUUCCUCAAACUCCGUCGCACGUCCUGCACGUCCUCGCUCUGUUCAUGAUGUACGUCAUUGAAAUCCGCAGGAAGAACUGCAUGGCCGACCCGCAGGUCAGAGCCCUCGCACUCCCUGAAUUUGUGUGGGAUGACAAGCACAUGUUCGGGGUGCUACAAGCCGCCUACUUCUUGGAAAUGUGAAGAACAUCCACAUCCAAUACGCAAUGAAAAUAAAUUACUAUUGUCCCUGCAUUCCCCCUUUAGAACUUAUAACGACAUAAUUAUGCGCUCAUGAAUAUGCUGAUGAACGUAGACAACCGAACAAUUAUUUCGUGAUAUGUCAAAAUUAUUUUACGUCAAUAAUUAAAUUUUCUCAAAGUGUUCAAAUGUGUGUUAAAAUCCACUAUCAAGAACUGUAAGUAACGACACCGAAAGCAACACGUGUAACAACAUCGUUACGGUUUAUAUAUAGCGUCAUGCAACGGUCA